ACCUUCAUCCACCAAAAUGUUUAAGGAAUCUGAGAAUACAAAGAUACAUGGGUGCAAGGUUUGCAAUAUGGAUGAACAAUGUCAAUCCGAUCUUCAAUCUAGCGUUAAUCGAAUUGACGUAUUGCUUGGAGUGCAUAACUCUUCCACCUUUUGGGCAACUUCCCUUCCUCAAGUAUCUAAAACUUUUUAGCAUGCCGAAAGUAAAAUGGCUCGAAAGUAAAUUUAAUGGGAAUGAUAAAUAUCAUGCCUUUCCAUUGCUAGAGGUGUUACAUAUUGGGGAAUUAGAAGCAUUAGAGGAUUGGUUUGAGGCUGGAGUAGCUGCUGAAGAUGGAUGUUUGUUUCCUUGCUUAACUGAACUGUUUCUAAAUAAAUGCCCGAAGUUGAAAGAGUUGCCCUCUUUGCCUUCGAAGAUCAAGAUAUUGCACAUCGAAAACACCGGGUGGACAACUUUGAAUUUUUGUAGCAAUUCAAAUCCAAUUCCCCUUAAAACAUUAAUAGUCAUUCACUGUCCAAACAUUACAUCUCUUCCACUGGCUGAUGAAAUACCAAGACUUGCAGCACUAAGAGACUUGAGAAUUAUAAAGUGCCCCAAUCUGAUCUCUCUGGGAAGAAAUCGAGAAGUGGAGUCCACUAAUAAUUGCCAUCUCAUGCUCAACAAUCUUAGCAUAAGUGAUCCAUUGGUGUUGCUAAUGGAGCCAUUGAGAAGUAUCGCCUCCUUAAAAGAGCUGAAUAUUUCGGAUAAUGAUGAGCUGGUUUCACUUCCAAAUGAUGCGGAGCAGUGGUUUAUGAAAGUUAGUUCUUCUCUUUCUCGGCUGCAAUUUUCAUCUCUCAAAUCCUUACAGUCUCUCCCUUCCUCCUUGGAAAGCUUAUCUUCACUUCAGUUACUAUAUAUUGGUCAUGAGAUUCCUAUGCUUCGGGAAUUACCGAACCUUCCUCCCUCUUUGAAAACUCUAUCAUUUUGGAAAUGUCCUCCAGAGUUACAGGAGCGCUAUCGAGAGGAUGAAGGCUCCAAUGGGCACAAGAUUGCUCACAUUCCUCAUAUCCAUUUGAACUGGUGCAAUAUCGAUGGUUGAAGUUGAAAGAGUUGCUUUUUUUUUAUUGCAAAUGCAUUAAAUGUACAUAAACAAAAAGGUUAUAUUAUCAUUAUUAGAAUGAAGGAAAUAUUUUGUUCAUCA